AUGCUGUCCGCCCGCGUCCCGCUCGCCGUCCGCCACGACCAGCCCCGCAUGUCGCCCAUGAAGAGCCUGUCGCCCAUGAAGGGCCUGGCGCUGGGCGACAAGGAGAACACGCCCCCCGCGCUCAGCAGCGCCCGCGUCCUGGCCACCAAGGCGGCCCGCAAGAUCUUCCAGGAGGGCGACGGGAAGCCGGUGAGCGAGCCGAGCCCGAGCCGCUCUCCGCUGCUCCAGGUGCCGCGGGGUGCGGAGGAGGAGGAGCCGCUGCUGCGGGACAACCCCCGCCGCUUCGUCAUUUUCCCCAUCCAGUACCACGACAUCUGGCAGAUGUACAAGAAGGCCGAGGCCUCCUUCUGGACGGCGGAGGAGGUGGACCUUUCCAAAGACAUUCAGCACUGGGAGUCCCUGAAGCCCGAGGAGAAGUACUUCAUUUCUCACGUCCUCGCCUUCUUUGCUGCUAGCGAUGGCAUCGUCAAUGAAAACUUGGUGGAGCGGUUCAGUCAAGAAGUACAAAUCACAGAAGCUCGUUGUUUCUAUGGCUUCCAGAUUGCCAUGGAAAAUAUACAUUCAGAAAUGUACAGUCUUCUUAUUGACACCUACAUUAAAGAUUCUAAAGAGAGGGAAUUUCUUUUUAAUGCUAUUGAAACAUUACCAUGUGUUAAAAAGAAGGCUGACUGGGCCAUGCGCUGGAUUGGGGACAAGAAAGCAACAUAUGGAGAACGCGUAGUAGCUUUUGCAGCAGUGGAAGGAAUUUUCUUUUCUGGCUCUUUUGCAUCAAUUUUUUGGCUGAAGAAAAGAGGAUUAAUGCCUGGACUCACUUUUUCUAACGAACUCAUCAGUAGAGAUGAGGGCUUGCACUGUGAUUUUGCCUGCCUCAUGUUCAAGCACUUGAUACACAAACCAUCAGAGGAGAGAGUAAAGGAAAUCAUCACGAAUGCUGUUCUCAUAGAACAGGAAUUCUUGACGGAGGCAUUGCCUGUAAAGCUGAUUGGCAUGAACUGCACUUUAAUGAAACAGUACAUAGAGUUUGUAGCAGACCGGCUUAUGUUGGAACUGGGAUUUAACAAGAUAUACAAAGCGGAGAAUCCUUUUGACUUCAUGGAAAACAUCUCUCUGGAAGGCAAGACCAAUUUCUUUGAGAAGCGAGUAGGUGAAUAUCAGAGGAUGGGAGUCAUGUCGAAGCCCACAGACAACUCUUUCACCCUGGAUGCGGAAUUUUAAAUGAACUGAGACCAUAUGAGUUAGUGUGUACGCUCCCCUGUUUACAGGGAAACGUUAAAUAUAUUGAGUCAGUGUGACUUGAUUCCUGUACUAAAAUCCCACUCUUGAAAAGUGUGGUGAUAUUGGUACUCUUCAGGAGGCUAGUGUAGCUCCAGCAGUAAAAUCGCUUUUUAUUAGACUUUGCCAAUGGUGUUAAUUCAUAGAAUGUUUAGAUGUAUCUCUUACAACAUAUGCUACUCCAUUUUGUGGAAGAUAUGGGCACCUUCCUUCUGCAAGACAGGAGGUUAUGGGCAGUGACCACUAGCUUCUGCUGGUCUCCCCAUAAACAAAGGAGCAGUUGAGAAAUUCUAGUCUUAAAUUUGCUGAAUACUCUGCAGAAAACUCCGGAGGCAACUACAUGACCUCACUGCUUUCUUAGCAGGUUUUAAGUUUAUCUUUUUUACUAUUGUUUUAAUAGUUUGUACAUAAACAUGGCACUUUAAUGUUUAAAAUAAAGAACUGUCUUGUAAUAAUUGGCAGUGGUAAAAUGCAAGUCUAAAUCUUUAGACUUUUGCAACCUAACCUGUCAUGACUUGUGCUUCUUUCUGGGUAUGUAACUUAAAUGGUGCUGUGAAUCUAACCGUUGAUUUUGAAAUCUAUCGAAGAACAGGAAGAAACUUGGUAUGGAAGGUGAAGAACUUAAGUUGGAUAUUCUGGGUACUGAAAAGUAACAUGCAGCUGGCUUCUGGAUGUAAUUGCUUAUUCUUUAAUAUCUGGGAACAGUAUUUCAUAUAAUAGCAAUAAAGAGCUGGUUGGAUUGUCUUGUACUGGCUUCAGUGCUCUAACGGGCAAAGCUAUGUGUUAAUUUCCUUCUGAAUUGCAGACUUUCGAGGAAGUGCAAGUUCUGCAGGAAAUAGCUGCUUAGUCAUGUAGUUGGUAGAUGUCAAGUGAAACUGUUACGCUUAGCUCUGACUUUCAGAUCAACUGCACUAAACGGAUGAUGUUUCAGGGUAAAUUCAGCUAAUUCAGGCUGGAGCAGUAUUCUUAGCUUCUGCAUCAUGCAGUUAAGUUUUGGUUUUAAUACAUAACAGUAGUGAAAACAAAGUAUGUGCUACAACAUUGUUACUCCACACUAAACAUGGAGAAGUUUAUACUAACACAGGAAUGAGUAUGCUUAAUAUAACUUUGGUAACGGCAUGUGGUUGUGAAGGAGUUCCCUAUGGUCUCAAGAGUUCCUGCAAAUGAUUUGCAGUGAGAUUAAAUAACAAUGGGAUAGACUGAAAGUAGCUACUGCCUUGAUGUACAAAAAGGAGUUUAUUCCAUGAUCUAAUCUAACACCUAACAGGGACUGUCCUGCAAGUCUGCCUUCCUCAAGUGUAGUUGAUACGGAAAAUAAACUUUACAGAUCUUAAAGCAUUUCCUUGAAAGGAAAGAAUGCUGGAGUUUGCUUUUCUGCUAAAGUGCUCCCUCUUUUGAAGUAUAAUAUAUAUGGUGCUUCU